AUGACAUCUACAAAGAUUAUUCCCCGUCGCAGUGAGCAGCGUGGACACGCAGACCACGAAUGGCUCAAGACGUUCCACACGUUUUCGUUCGCAAUGUACCAGGAUUUCGAGCACGAAAAAUUCGGUGCUCUCCGGGUUAUAAAUGAAGACCGCGUCGAGGCCAAAACUGGCUUUGGAACACAUUCGCACCGCGAAUUCGAGAUAUUCUCGUAUGUAGUUGCUGGAGAACUGGAACAUAAAGAUUCCAUGGGAAACACUGAGAUUCUGAAGCGCGGCGAUCUCCAGCUCACGUCCGCAGGAACAGGCAUUUCGCAUUCGGAAAAAGCUCAUGGGCCGCGCCAAGUGCACUUCCUGCAGAUCUGGUCGCUGCCUUCUACUCCACGCCUCCAACCGAAAUACUUCACUCGACAUUUCACCGAUGCCGAGAAAACUGAUAGCUUUGUCCGAGUUGUCGCACCUGUCGACGCCAAGGGAGUGCAGAAGGACAAGAGAGAGGGUGAUGGCCCGGCACCGGUAAACAGCCCGUUGACGCUCUAUGCGACACUGCUGUCGCCGGGAAAGACAUUGACGCAGGCUAUGAAUGGAAAGAAGGGAUACAUUCAUGUGGUGCAGACGGGCGGAUACAAUCCUGGCCUAGCUACCGGAACUACCAUAAAGAUAAGCGGCGCAUCGGGUCCAGAGGAAACGCUGAAGGAAGGGGAUGGUGCUUACCUCUUCAUCGGAGACGGCCAAGUCAAGGUGGAGAACAUCAGUGACAAGACGGCAGAAAUCCUAUUAUUCGAUUUAGAGUAA